GCAGGGUUUGGAUGCGUGCAUGUUUGGGGAGAUACUGAGUUACAUCUACUCGGGAACCCUCCAUGUGUCCAUGGACAAAGUGCAGCCCCUGUACCAGGCAGCCGACCUCCUCCAACUGGACUAUGUGAGAGACACCUGCUGCAGCUACAUAGCAAUGAACGUGGAGAGCUCCACCUGUGUGAACCUGUUCAAGUUUGCUGAUGUUUACUCUGUGGACAUUGUCCGGAAAGCUUGUCUGCAGGCUAUUGCCAGACACUUCAUUGAGUUUUCCUGCAGCGAGGAGUUCUGCAGCCUGAGUGUGAAUCAGCUACUUGAGAUCAUCAGCCAUGAUGAGCUUGGCAUUACAGAGGAGACAGCAGUGUGGGAGGCUGUGGUGAGAUGGGUAGAGCACAGCAGGGAGGACAGACUUCAACGCCUACCCAGCAUCCUCCCUCACAUCCACUUCAACCUGCUGACCUCAGCCGACAAGAAUUCUAUCUUAGAACACCCCUUGGUCAGGGCGGUUCCUGGGAGUUCUAAGGCCAUCAGGAGUCUGGCCAAGAAGACUUCCAACCUGAAGAAGAGAUCUGGAAUGGAGACAGUGGAAAUGGCUCUGCUUUUCUCUGAAAGCAGAGACGAGAUGCUGUGGAUUGACCCGGAGAAAGGGAAGUACAUCAGAUGUCACAACGACAUACAUCCAAUUACAGGAGCAGUAACCAGUGAUAAUGACAUCUACAUUCUGGGACUUGAGACUUACGAUUUACGCAAAAAGUAUGCCCUGUUCAAGUACAACCAUGCGGAGAACAAGUGGGAACGAAAGUCUUCACUACGAUGGUAUGACCCGGACACUGAUGACGACCUAUUCGAGUUCCUUAUUGAUGUCGAUGGACAACUUUUUUACCUCAUUGUGACAUUCUCAAUGAUAGAGUUGAAGAAGUACAACCAGCACACAAACACGUGGCACAACUGUUCCACACCUCAGCAUGAUGAAUGGUUUGAGUGGUGUGUGGCAGUGUCCUGCAAUCGGCGCAUCUAUCUCUUCACACACGCUGUCUUCACACAGACAGAAGUACUGAGUUACAACCCAAGGGCAGACCAGUGGUGCAGGAAACCCAAGUCAGACCAUAUUCUUGAUUUCCAGAACGCUGUUGCCAUGGGAACAAAGAUCUUCUGUACAGAUUCAGACUUCGAACAGACAAUAGUGUACGACACCAAGACAAACAAAUGGUUCAGGCUUCCAGGAUGGCUGAAGUCGCCGCUGAGCACAAAUAAGGAAAUCGAACACAUCACUCUCUUUGCACUCCAAAACAAGCUGCAUGCAGUUGUAGAUCAUUCUAUAAACUCAAGUUCAGAUGGGUUGAUAAGAGUCCAGCAGGUGUUCCUGUAUGACAGGUAUGAAGGUAUUUGGAAAGAGUUGUCUGUCCUGCCCGAAGGACCUUGGGCAGUAUAUCAUCCGAUGGUCCCAGUGGCUCAUAUGUGCCUACCGUAUCUGAAUGCCCGAAGUCAUGCCACACACACACAGGUUACAGCAAUCACAGAGGGCACAUGAAGUGCAUAGUGUCACCACUACAGCUCGUUGAAGAUUUGGUGAAUACUGCCAGAAUGAAGUCCAAAGUUUUUUUAAGUUUGUGUAUUUUUACAACGUUUGAUAGAGUUUUUUUUCUUAAUUACAUUAUAAGGUAAACGUUUUCCUACAUCUUGUUCAAACCAAUUAGAUUAAGUUUAGUGUUGGAUGAUGCUGAGGACACAGUGAAGGAUG